AUGGCGCAUUUCCAGGGUCAGCAGCACGGCCACCCGACCACCCGCCUCGACGAGUACGGCAACCCUGUGACGGCCGGCUACGGCGAGGGCCUGGGUCAUCUCCAGGGCCAGCAGCACGGCCAUGCAACCACCGGCCGUCUCGACGAGUACGGCAACCCCGUGACGGCCGGCCACGGCGAGGGCCUCGGUACAACCGGCACAGGUGCCCACGGUGCUGGGCAGGCUGGGUACGGUUCUACCGGCACUGGCAGCUACGACACCGCCGGCCACGGCCGCCAGGUGGGGUACGGUGCCACUGGCACGGGCACCCACGACGCUGGGGGCUAUGGAGGAUCUGGCCAGGCAGCUGGGUACGGCGCCACCGGCACUGGGAUUCACGACGCCGGCGGUUUGGGCACGGGGCGUAGGGCUGGGCACGACGCCGGCGGUUUUGGAACCACGGAGCACACAGCCGGGUAUGGCGCUACCGGCACCCAUGGCACAGGCAAGACGACUGGGCACGGCACCGGCGACGGUACCGGAAUCACGGGCACCCAUGGCACAGGCCACACAACUGGGCACGGCACCGGCACUGGCCAUGGCACCGGAAUCACGGGGACCCAUGGCACAGGCCACACUGCUGGGUACGGCACUGGCACCGGAAUCACCGGGACCCAUGGCACAGGCCACACCGCUGGCUACGGCGCCGGCACGGGCACCGGAACCCAUGGCGCCGUUGGCACGCACCCUCAUGGUGGGCUAGCCGAGCACAAGACCGGCGGCACCGGCGGCAUCCUGCACCGCUCUGGCAGCUCCAGCUCGUCGUCAUCGUCUGAAGACGACGGGAUGGGCGGCAGGAGGAAGAAAGGCAUGAAGGAGAAGAUCAAGGAGAAGAUGCCCGGCGGCCACAAGGACCAGACCACGGCUACCGGCGGCUAUGGGCCGGGGUAUACAGGAACCACUGGCACUGCCGGGACCCAUGGGUACACCGAGGGAACACACGAGAAGAAGGGCGUCAUGGAGAAGAUCAAGGAGAAGCUCCCUGGCGGCCACAAGGACGACCACCCACAAACCACGGCGACCGGCGGCUAUGGACCUGGUACCACUACUGGCACCACCGGGACGUACGGCACGACUGAGGGGACGCACGAGAAGAAGGGGAUGAUGGAGAAGAUCAAGGAGAAGCUCCCCGGCGGCCACCACUGA